AUUAUCUUGAGGCACUUCUCAACUUGAAACACCUACAAAGGGUUGGUGUGAUCAAAAUGAUGACCGUAGAGGAGUGGACCGCACGCACGCCAUCAGAAAAAGGGUACGUGGUGGUGGGUGUGAAAGAGCAUAAGACGACAGCACAAAUGGCAAUGUUUGCCUUGGACCAGGAGGAGGAGAUGUGGUUUGACAUAUAUUACACCAUAAUCCGGCCACAGAUUCUGAGGACCAGUGCAUGUGACAUGGAUAAGGGAAGUUUUUUCCUUUCCUCCAUAGGGACAUCUAUUUAUAAUCCAUCCAAUGACAUAAACAGACUUCAUUUAAAAUACAACCUAAAACCAGUUUGCAACCUGGAAGCUCGCAGGGUGUAUGAGACCUCAGUCAAAAUAAAAACAGAUGCUGAAAAGGCGCUGGUGGCUGAUUACCUAAGACAAUCAAAUGCAACAGCUGAAAGGCGCUACCGGAUGUCGAUACCGAAAAACAUUGUGCAGGCACGAUUAAUUUUGAACAGUGCUGCAGGUGACUCAAGAAGCAAAUCUAAGCGAAGAAGCAGAUGUGACGAGGCCAGUCUGUCAACUAGCUGCAAUAUGCAGAUUAAUGUUCUGAUGGCAUUUGACAAGCUGCUGGAAACACAUCCCGUUUCGGUGAAUGAGGAAGUUCCCUCUAAAGAAGUGCGCGUGGCCAUUUCACAGCAAUACCAGAGGAUACUCUACGAGAGGUGGAUAAAGGCUCAGAUGAAGCUACGUAUCAACCAUGUGCUCAAACACUUUAGACACUUUUCUUGCCUGCCCAGUGAAAGUCGCAUUAAGGCAUGGAUUAAAUCAAUGGGUUGGAAAAACAACAUUCCUACUGCGUCUUCAGUCAUCAUGGAUUGGAAGUCAUCCAGAAACGGGAAGGAUGCAAUCAAUUCAGACUUGACAAAGAAGUCCAUCAAGUCAUAAAAAUAGAGGCCUGCUUGCGAAGGACAUUGAGAGGGAAAAACGGGGGCGUUGUAAACCACACGGGAUUUUCAACAAGGAGAAGUUGUCUACCAUGGGAAGGUGGUGGCAGGUAAAGAGGACCAAUCAAACCACACAACAUCAUUAGAGAUCGAGACUGGAAAUAAACCGGAGAGUGAUCUACAUACACUGACAUGGUACUGCAUGUACACUUAUUACAUCUUAUUUUCACAAUGGGAGGAGUUGAUGAAGCAGGAAGCCAUCCUGGACCAGAUGGGUUGCAUGUUCUUCUUCCCAUCUCGGAGCCAGAGGCUAUGCAUUGAUGCCCUGACCUUCCAGCAGAGUGCCACCCGAACAUCUCUUUUCUGUCCUCUCAGACUCAGCCAGUCAAGACAGAUCCUGAGCCUGGUUCGAUCCUGGUUCUGCUGGAGGUUUCUUCAGGGAGGUUUUCCUUCCCACUGUGGCCAAACUGUUCUUGUUCAGGAUGGGAGAUUGUGAUGAAGAUUCAACGCAGACUGAAUGAUUACUUCAUUUGAAUGUUAACAUUUACUUAUUUGCUUUUAUAAUGUGUGAAGACAAAUUUUGUCGUAACUUUGUGCUAGAUUAAUAAACAAUUUCAAU